AUGUCCACCAACCAUGGACUAUCUUCAACUAUGCGGAUAGCUGGUCGGUCCCUCCCGAUCCCUUCAGGCCUCUACGUCAACAACCGGUUUGUGAAGGGCUCAGGUGCACCCCUGUCAGUUCAAUCCACUUGCACUCUCAUUGAGCGAUCAGGCUCCAGGGAAGCCCUCAACGAACGCUUCACUUUGCUCAUGCUAGGACCACUAUCGACCCAUCGAACGGCCAGCCCUUGCUACCGUCAUCAUCGACCAUCUCGACCGCCUCCUCCUCCGACGUCGACGCCGCCGUCCAAGCAGCCCGUCAAGCCUUCACCAGAGCAUGGGGACUCAAAUCCAACGGAACCCAACGAUCCAACCUCCUCCACAAACUUGCCCAACUCGUCGAGCAGAAUCAAGAAGAUCUCGCGCUCGUGGAGAGCUGCGAUUCGGGGAAACCGAUCCGAUGGGCUCGUGGCGACGUGCAGGACUCAGCCGCUUGCUUGAGGUACUAUGCUGGACAUGCGGACAAGAUCGUAGGCCAGUCGUUGGAACUGAACUAUAGGACCAAGCAGUUGAGUCGCGCCCGUUUCGGAGGUAUGAGCUUCGCGGUGUUCAGCUGAAGCUCACGCAAGAAAACCCUGCUCGUCAUUUUUUUUUCGUGUCCCACAAUGACAGUUGCUUCACCAAGCAUGAACCGGUCGGAGUUGUAGCCCAAAUCGUACCGUGGAAUUGUAAGUUCGAUACUGAUUUGGGCUACGAAUUCAGCGUGACUCAUUUUAUGCCCUUAUCAACAGACCCGAUUUUGAUGUGAGUUUUCCGCCAAGCACUGUCCGAGAUUAGGGUUCCACCCGUCCAAGUAGGGGGAAUUGUCUGAACGAGGUGAUGUUUCGACAGGUGGGCAUGGAAAGUAGCGCCUGCCUUGGCCGCAGGAUGUACGAUCGUGUUCAAGCCGGCCGAAAACACACCACUUUCAACCCUCUUGCUUGCGGACCUAUUCCGGCAGGCAGGCUAUCCCGAGGGUGUCUUUAAUGUUGUUAAUGGUUCGUCCGGCAAAGCAUCAUCGAAAUGUUCGACCCUUUUCUGAAGUUGCAAUUUGCGGGAUGCAGGGCACGGCGAAGAAACGGGCGCCGCUUUGGUGUCUCACCCCGACAUCGAUAAAAUCGCCUUCACCGGUUCGACGGCAACAGGUCGGUCCAUCGCCCUCAUCGCCGCUCAAUACAACCGCAAAGUCACUCUAGAACUCGGAGGAAAGUCACCGAAUAUCAUCUUCCCUUCAGCGGACCUCGAACAGGCGUCCAAGUGGGCUGCGUUGGGCGGGUUCGAGAACAGUGGACAGGCUUGUUCGGCGGGGAGUAGGGUUUUGGUGCAUAGGAACAUCAAGGAGGAGGUCGAGGAGAGGUUGAUCAGAUGUGCCAAGCAGAUCAAGGUGAGCUGUGGGACCUCUUAUUCGAGACGGUACGUAGUUUAGGUGAUUCGAGCAACUCUUUCCGAGAUCAGAUUGGCCACCCGCUCGACCCCGAAACAUGGCAAGGCCCUCAAGUCUCCCAAGCCCAAUUCGACAGCGUCAUGUCCUACAUACAAAUCGGGAAAAACGACGGAUCCAAACUCCUCUACGGUGGGGAACGUCACGGGUCCGAAGGGUACUACAUCCAACCCACCAUAUUCACCGACGUCUCUCCGAAGUCGGUCAUCGCCCGAGACGAGAUUUUCGGUCCCGUCAUCGCCGUGAUCCCUUUCGAUACCGAAGAGGAGGCGAUCCAUUUGGCGAAUGACACCCCUUAUGGACUUGCAGCGGGCGUGCAUUCCAAAGAUGCGGAUCAGAUCGCGAGGGUCUCGACGCAGUUACAGGCGGGGACGGUGUGGAUCAAUCAGUACUCGUAUACGUCCAAGUGAGUUUUACAUCCAGUCCUUCAAGAGCUUUACAAAACCGCCUCUGCCGGGCACUGACCUGGGUGAAUUUGAUGAUCUCACAGCAACGCCCCUUUUGGUGGCUUCAAGGCUUCAGGUAUUGGGAGGGAACUCGGAUCGUACGGGCUCGACGCGUACCUCCAAGUAAAGGCCGUACAUUGGAACUAUGGCGAACGGAUAGACUUCCCCUGA